UCAGCUGAGUCAGUCUUCAAUUCGCAGCGCGUUCGGACGGUCGAUAUUUGGACCCAGCGGUAUCCACUCGAGGCACUAUACUGAGACACCUGAAAUCGCGCGAUAAGUGGAACAGAGUGAGACGGGAAACGGAGCGGAGAAAAUUCGUGUCCCCGUGUUCCGGGAGAAGGGCACACGAGUGAGAGUGAGAAAGCAAAAGAAAACAGAGGCCUGUGUACGACCACCACGAGAUAUAACGGGGUCCGAAGGAAUUUUCGAAUCUUGGAAUCAAACUCAAACAACAGCGGGGUGUCGUCAAGUGUGUGUUUGGUGCUCGUGCCGUGGGUUAACUGAUCUAUAGUGCGUUCUCGAUCGGGAUCGCGGUCCGGAUCAAGUGCGGAGCCGGAUAUCUGAAGCUGCUGUGCGGUGCAAUCGAAUGUGCAUCGCGUCCGCAUCGUUACCACAGAAAUGCCCACGAGAUGGUUACUGCUGUUUCUGGCCACUGCCGCGGCCAUAGCCACCUACGUGCACGCUUGGCGUCCGUGUCCGGAUUUGGAUGCCGCGAUCAAGCUACCCUGCCGAUGUAACAUCGAAGCCGUAGGCAAUAAUAGCCAAUAUGGAUUCAUUGCCGUGGACUGCGAACGAACUUCACUGACGGGCGGUUUCCCUGCCGGCCUGCCGGUCAUUUCUCUUUCGCAUAAAAGCAGUGGACUGACCGCUAUUCCGGAUCUGUCGAUGCUGAAUGCUGCCAUUAGACGAUUAGACUUCUCCAACAAUGGAAUUCGAUCACUGCCGGAUAAGGCCUUCUCUGGUGUUGGGGAACACAUCAUCGAGUUGCGUUUGGCCAACAAUCUAAUGGGAGAUAAUUUGAACCCGAUCUUCUCCACCACGGAAUUGCAAACGCUGAAGAACCUCAAGAUCCUCGAUCUGUCCGGUAACCAGCUGAUGGCAUUGGACGAAGGAAUCUUUGUAGGCUGCCGCAAACUGCAAGACAUUCAACUGGACGGCAACAAACUGUCCGAUAUUCCAGCCACCUCCUUCAAGGAUCUUCCCGCUCUGAGGCUGAUUUCACUGCGGAACAAUUUGAUCGAAAACGUUUCAGCUGAGUCGUUUGAAUUCUCGAACAAACUGGAACGGAUAGAUCUGCGCUAUAACAGAAUUCACAUGCUCAAAGCGAAUGCGUUCUCCAGCUUGCCAACGAUGAAGGAACUGUUACUUGCCGGGAAUUUGAUUAGUGUAGUGGAUGAACGUGCCUUCAUGGGAGCUGACUCGAUCCAAAAGUUGGAUCUAUCAGAUAACUUAAUCGCGGAGUUCCCAACGGCUGCUUUGGGUUCGAUCGAGUCACUGAAAGUGCUAAAUCUUUCACUAAACAACAUCGACAAACUUGAAUCGAAGCAUUUGCAGCAAUCGAAGAAUCUACAAAUUUUAGACAUUAGUCGCAAUGUGAUAGCAUCAGUUCUUCCUGGAACGUUCCGAGAGCAAACAUUGCUCAAGUAUCUCGAUCUCAGCUUGAAUUCGCUCCGCACGAUCGAGGACGACGCUUUCGAAGGUUUGGACAACUUGCAGACGCUAAUCUUGCGUGACAACAACAUUCUGUUGAUCCCGGGAAGCGCGUUGGGUAGACUCCCUCGCCUUUCGAAUCUUUAUCUGGAUUUCAAUCGGGUGGCGGCACUUUCAUCAAGCAUUCUAAAAUCAAUUCAACCGGAGAACAUUCGAUAUCUGUCACUUUCGAGGAAUGUUAUUCGCGAGUUACCAGCGAAUAGUUUCACAUCGUUCAAGAAGCUAAUCUAUUUGGAUAUUUCCGGAAACAGCUUGGGAGUGAUCAAUGAGGACACUUUCGCAGGUUUGGACAGCACUCUGAUGGAAAUUAAGAUGUCCUACAAUAAGAUCUCGACAUUCCGGAAGAUUGUCUUGCCGAAACUACGCCGAUUGGAUAUCAGUUCCAACAGCAUCGACGAUCUGGCUGUGGACGCUUUCCAUGGACUUGGAAACCUUUUGUAUCUAAACAUGAGCGGCAACGAACAUGUAUCGCAGGUUACUCGCACUAUGAUCUACCCACUGAACAAACUACAAGUAAUUGACAUGAGUGAUUGCGGUUUGAAGAGCAUCCAAUCGGAUCUGUUCCACAACAACACCGAGCUGAGGAUCGUUCUUCUGAGUCACAACCACCUGAAGACGGUCGAUGAAAACACCUUCAUGACUCUGAGCAGUUUGUUCAACGUCGAUUUAUCGCACAACGAAAUUACGGCGAUCAAGCCUCGAUCAUUCAUCAACACCAUUAACUUAAGAACGCUUAAUCUGCGUGGAAAUAAUCUAAAGGAAUUCAAAGCCGAUAUCUUCAACAGUGAAACGGCGAUGGAAACCUUGGAUCUAUCGGAAAACGAGAUCACGGCCUUUGCUCCAAACACCUUCCGCAUUCAUCCAAGGCUGCGGAGGAUAAUCAUGGCGCGGAAUAACAUCCAGCGAUUCGCUCCCGAGUUGACAAACACUUUGGAUUUCCUGGAGGUGAUCGAUCUUAGUGGAAAUGAGUUGACAACGAUUGAUCAGCUGGAUUUCGCACGGUAUAUGAACCUUCGGGAAUUGUAUUUUGCCAACAAUCAGAUCGAGUUUGUGAAUGAUAUGGCGUUCCAUAAUUCAACCCAGCUGCAAAUUAUCGAUUUGAGUCAGAAUAGGUUGGAUCGAUUGACGGAGCGGAUUUUCGAGGGUCUGUCCCGCUUGGAAAAGCUGGACAUGAGUCACAAUCCUCUGCAAGAGCUUCCGGAGGGUAUCUUCGACAAAAGCCGCAUCCAGAAAGUUGAAAAUCUUAUUCUUAAGAACAAUAGCUUCAAAUCGAUUCCAUUUAAUGCACUGAAGGAUCAGUACGAUAGUAUUUACACGCUGGACAUGAGCAACAACCAGUUGAAGGAUAUUCCGUCGACGAACACGUAUAUGGUGAUGGUGAACAUCAAGAACAUCGAUUUCUCCUUCAACUCCCUGUCAGAGCAGGCGAUAAAAAUGCUGCUGGAACAACCGAAAACCGCCAGAAGAAUCAAUCUGGCUGGUACGGGAAUUGAGCGAUUACCAAUCUUGGAAACUCCCUAUCUGCAGGUAUUGAAUUUGACAAUGAACAACAUCAGUGCAGUUGGUGAUCGAGUGUUCGAUAAGACUACUCUGCUAGAAGUGUUGGACCUUUCGUCUAACAAUUUGGAAAACAUCGAUACAAUGAAGGAAGUUUGGCCCAAACUGGGAUUGCUGAGCUAUCUGGAUCUGUCCAAGAACCCGAUCAAGAUGAUCAUGGCUCAUGCUUUCGAUUCCUUAGAUGCCUUAAAAGUGUUGAAGAUUCGCGAUCUCAGUGAGAUUACCCGAUUGGAGAAGAAUGCGUUCAAGUCUCUGAGUAGCUUGUCGGUGUUGGAGGCCUUCAAUUUCGCCAAACUGGGAUACAUUGAUGUCCAAGGAAUUCUUCAGGAAUUGCCAUCUCUGGCGGCGAUCGACAUUGAAGUUAAGGACUCGGUUCUGGAAUCGGAUCAGCUCCAAGUUAUCGAUCACCCUAAGCUGAACCACUUGGGUCUGUACGGAAGAAUGUUGCAAACUUUGUCUUCUGGUAGUUUUGCUGGAUUACGAAAUAAGUACCUGAGUGUAAGUUUGAAGAAUACGUCGUUGGCUUCAUUACCGCCAGCUCUCUUGUUGCCUCUACCACGAUCAUCGCACAUUGAUUUCGACAUUUCCGGAUCUAAGAUCACAACAUUGAAUCAGCCUUUCCUAAGUUCUAUGGAUGAUCGGAAAAAUAGUUUGGCGAUCACUGGUUUGGAUGCAAAUCCAGUUCAAUGUGAUUGCCAUGCCCGCGCUUUCAGACGAUGGAUCAUGGCUGCCAAGGUUACGGGAGUGAAGUGUGCUUCACCGGAAGGAGUUCAAGGCCGAUUGCUGAUUGAAGUCGGAGACAAUGAGCUGGUAUGCGAACAAAAGAAGCCCACAACGACUACUACUACUAGCAGAACAUCCACGAUCACGUUCACCAAUUAUACUUCUGGAUUUACGCAAGUUAUCACCAAAGUGACACCAACAACCGAACAAGAUAUUAUAUGGAGCGUUGCUCCGACGGCUAAGACGAAAACUAAGACAAAGAUGCCACCAAUGAAGGCAAUGCCCAUUACCAACGAUGACAUGCUGAUUAUUGGAAUUGUGGGAGGAGUAAUCGCGUUCAUAUUCUUGCUGGUCGUGAUUAUUUGUAUCUGUAGAGUUCGGAUGAACAACGAUACCUAUCGGGGCCCUCCGAUAGGAAUGUCUACAAUGCAUCCCAACGGUAUGCAAGUGAACUACAAGAAUGGAAAAGCAACUCCAAUCUAUCCAAUGGUGGCCCCGUACGGGCAGAAUUACGCAACUUUGCCCUACAAGCAGAGCUCUUCGCCAGAUACGCAGCCUCGACCCAAUUAUUCGACGAUCGGGCGAAUUCCCUAUCAAUACCAAAAUCAGCACAUGAUGGCACCCCCUUCGCAGCUGUCUGCCGCAUCGAUGCACUCGGUACACUCAGGCCAGAAUCCUUACAUGGCGUAUCAGGACGAUAAAGCCUAUCGAUAGUUUCCUUCUCCAGCCCUAAGACUCCCCCAAACUCCUCAUCAAUGAGAUUUUUCUUUUAGCCCUUAAUUUAUUUAUAACUGCUAAGUACAAUAUGUUCUGUAUUUUAAAAAACUAAUCGUAGAACAAGGAAAAACUGCCAAUUUCUUGUCACUCUGUCCGGGAAAUCUCCCGCCUUGCAGGAUAUAGGAGUGUAACAGAAAGUCAAUACUUAGAAUCAAGAAAACAACGAAAAUGCUCAAACCUUUGUUUACACUAAGUCGAAAAUAUCUCAUAGUAAAUAACCCCUUUGUCCCGCCGGAACUGUCUUCGUCGUGAUUGGACAAACGGGUAAUUGUUGUUAAAUGGCUCCGUCAAGAAGCUGAACUCUGCGAACACAACGGAAGUUUUUGCGUGGUGCUGCUUGUGAAUGCGAAAAACGAAACAUUGUCUGAUGCACACCUAUUGGAAAGCGUGAACACUUUGUUUCUGUAAUGUAACUUCUUCGUUCGUAUAGGUAAAAAAAAAUAAACCAGUGAAUAAAUGUGCCCUCCAGUAAAACAAAAUACAAUAGAA